AUGAUGAAUAAAAAAACGAUGCAACAGAAGAGGCAGUCCAUGGUGAAAAAUAAGAGCGAGAUAUACCCACAGAAGAGCCUGAACCUGGGGCAAAAGUCAAAAAGCAGAGGAAAAAGUAUGAAUGGAAAAAUCAAAGUGGUCGUAAGAAAAAGACCAAUAAGUGAAUUAGAAAAAAAAAGGAAAGACAAUGAUAUCAUAACAGUCAAGGAUAACUCAACCAUAUAUAUAGAUGAACCAAGAUACAAAGUAGACCUCACCAAAUAUGUGGAGAGACACGAAUUCAUAGUAGAUAAAGUAUUCGAUGAAACAGUAGAUAAUUUUACUGUCUACAUAAAUACAAUCAAGCCUUUAAUUGUAGAUAUUUUCGAAAGUAAUUGCGUCUGUUCAUGUUUUGCAUAUGGACAAACAGGGAGUGGAAAAACAUAUACCAUGUUAGGGUCACAACCCUAUGGACAAAGCGAAACGCCAGGAAUUUUCCAAUACGCAGCGGAGGACAUAUUUAGCUUUUUAAGUCUAUACGAUAAUGAUAAUAGUAGAGGAAUUUUUAUUUCUUUUUACGAAAUUUACUGUGGGAAAUUAUACGAUUUGUUACAGAAAAGAAAAAUGGUUGCUGCUUUGGAAAAUGGGAAAAAAGAAGUAGUUGUGAAGGACCUAAAAAUUUUAAGAGUGUACUCUAAGGAGGAGUUAAUUUCCAAAAUGAUUGAUGGAGUUAUGUUACGGAAAAUAGGAGUGAACUCUCAAAAUGAUGAGUCCUCUAGAUCGCAUGCUAUUCUGAACAUUGAUUUGAAAGACAUACAUAAGAAUGCCUCUUUGGGAAAAAUUGCCUUUAUAGAUUUGGCAGGAAGCGAAAGGGGUGCAGAUACCGUUGCUCAGAAUAAACAGACACAAACAGACGGAGCUAAUAUUAAUCGAUCGUUGUUAGCUCUGAAGGAAUGUAUCAGAGCUAUGGACUCCGAUAAACAUCACAUUCCGUUUAGGGAUUCAGAGCUAACUAAAGUCUUGAGAGAUAUAUUUGUUGGAAAAUCUAAAAGUAUCAUGAUUGCAAAUAUUUCUCCCACCAUUAGUUGCUGUGAGCAGACGCUGAAUACGCUAAGGUACUCUUCGAGAGUCAAAAAUUUUAAGCAUAAAAUGAAUGCUACGGAAGAAGAAGACCCCAAUAGCGAGAAAAUUAGCAUCCUGGAGUCUAGAAGUGGAGAGAUGAACACCUCCGGGGCGGAGGGCGCGGCUAUGAAAUCGAAUUCGCUCAUGCAGAGCGGCAGGGCGAACAUGAAGUCGAACGAGUUGAAGGAGCGCCUCGGAGGGAGUGGCGUUGGCAACAGUGGCAGCGGCGGUGGUAACAGUGGAAGCGGCGGUGGUAACAGUGGAAGCGGCGGUGGUAACAGUGGAAGCGGCGGUGGCAACAAUGGCAGCGGCAUCGUAAGUGGCCUGGUGAACCCUGCCCGGAACGGAAAACACCUCGUGAAGAAUCAGGACGGCGUGGCCACCAACCAGACCAAGUACAACUCAGUCAACGAUAUGGAUAAGCUAGCGCAAAAGAAGAAGAAGAAAAAAAGCCUCUUAAAUUUCAAAAGCAAUAAGACAAAUUAUGACAGCAUCUCGGGGAAGCAAAAUUUCAUCCAACAAAGUUACGCCUUCUCGGACACGUCGGAUUUCUCCUCCCUCGACGAGAUGAAUUGCAACCUGAAUAAGAAUGAUAAGAAUAUGUUUCUGGCGUGCAGGAAGAACGCCAAACAGGGCCUGGUCAAGAACAGGAGCAGCUGCGACGGCGUGUCCAGCAAAGCGAAGAAGGCCGAUGUGCAGGUGCUCCGGCACAGCGUUGGCAGCAAGUUGACCAAUUUCUCGAACGAACGGGAGCGCCUGAAGGAGAGGGGCUUCUUGCGUGGCACCGCCGCGAGCGGGAACGCGGCAAGCACGAACCAUAAUGCCGGGGGUGGUAACACGGUGGGUGGUAACACACUCGGAAACAAUCCCGGCCACGUGCACAUCCGGCACGCCAACGAAAGGGAGAAGAACAGAGAAAGCGACAACAUAUUUUACGAUGCCGUCUCGAACACGUCUGAGAGUGCAAAUCGUUUGCUUCAGCAGAGCUCGCAAAACAUACUUAACGUGAAGGGGAAGAACCAAAGUGGCCAACACGCAAACAACCCCGCUGUAGGAAUGGGCCACAAAAUGAGUUACGAUUACAACCAACCAGACAGGAGCAACUCCUUCGUCGGCAUAAAGGAGAGAGCCACGAAAGGCACCAGCCUUUUUAUAAAUUGUGAAACAGAAAGUACGAUCUGCGUGGAGAAGGAAAACAUAGACCCCACAAGAAACCCUUCGACUGUGCAUCUACACACAAAAGCAGCUUCGUUUGAAAAAUUGACAAACGAUGUGAACUGUGCUCCAGGGGAACCCCCACUUAAUAGUGGCAAUGGGGAAUACUGCGAUGUGUCGAUCCUCGGUGUGCACGCCAAUGGGUUGUCUACAGUGCACGCGGAUGUGGGUCUACCCAACAAUGGCAUCCCAAUGCAAAAGACCCCCAACGAGUUUUUCCCUCCCAGUCAAAGCUGCAGCCAAAGUUACGGCCAAAAUUUCAGUCAAAGUUACGGCCAAAGUUACAGCCAAAAUUUCAGCCAAAAUUACAGCCAAAAUUACAGCCAAAAUUACAGCCAAAAUUUCAACCAAAGCAGCUUUAACCAGCAUAGUGGAAACAGCCCAACCGAAGUGAUCGACAUUAACAACGUGCGCGUUGAAGAGUUCCACAAAAUUGGAGUAGCCGAGACAGGAAAUGUUGCUAGCCAAAACAUCGAAGAGAAUGAAUUCCCCCCUGAAGAUUACGCAAAACAGUUUCAGAAAAAUCUGAACAGCAUGGUAGAUAAUUGCCUGAACACACUAAAUACAGCCAACCUAUGCGAAGACACGCAGAACAUAUUAAACAAUAUUUUACUAUCAAAAUAUACAGCAGAUAAAGAAAUGUUAAUAAAAAAGUACAUCAACGAGGAUGUAAACAACAUGAGCUUAGAAAAGCUAGACAAAUAUGCUCAGUUGAUCUAUGAAAAAAGAAAAACGAUUCUGAGUAAACUCCUUUUUUUGUUCAAAAAAAAUGUUGAUAUACAGACAAAUAAUGAGACGAGUGACUUAAAGAAAGAUUUGGUUAUGUGUCAUAUUUGUAGUAACAAUCCUGAUGACCAAUUUCAUUUUUAUGCCUACAGUAGAUUAGAAAAGGACAUGAUUAAUUUAAUAACGCUACGGCAGCUGUGGUGUGAGAGUGAGAACUUGAGGCAACUGCAUCAGUACCUAAUGGUUGAGUAUCAAAACAAGUCUGCCAAUUUAAUCACCUUUAAUGUUUUCCCGAAUAAAAUUAGCACCAGCUCAUUGAACAAGAAGUAUGUGGAGGAUGCCAAGGGGCAGGCAGACGCCGCGAGGUCAGCUGUGGGUCCUCUGCAGUAG